UCGCAGCUUUUCCAGAGUAGAGGAGGGAGAGCCCCUGGAGAAGAGCCCUGUGUGCCAUGGGGGUUUCUGCAGCAGCGUGUUAGCAGGAGGAUGAGAGGCGGGAAUUUGCAACGUGGUGCCAGGCCCCAGGCACGGAAGAGGGGGAGAGCCAGGCCAGCGGACCUGUGAGCGGAGCUCCCGGCUGGAAUGCACCAGCUCAGCAAGUGAUUGUCCUGCCCGGGCCGGGCGGGCACUGCGCCCUGAGCCUGGUGGCCGUGACAGCUGCCCGGACCAUGGCGGGAGCAGACAGUCCCUCGCCUGCUCUCCGGCGCCGUGACCUUUGCGCCCGUGGCAUCCGCCUGGCCGGGAAGAUGCGCUCAGAUGUCGUGGACCUCCUGGAUGCCUACGUGGAGCGGCAGGGCCUGGACGCCUCGGCCAGCGUGGCGGCGGUGGAGGGGGUGCCGCCGGCGGCGGUGGAGCACUGGGACGAGCAGACGGGGACCCAGCGGCUGCUGGAGAACCUGGCGGCCUACAGGGCCUUCCGCGCCCUGCUGGCGCAGAUGCUGGAGGAGCAGCGGGAGCAGCUGGGUGAGGCCGACGCCGCCCUGGGCCGGGCACUGGCGGCCGUGCUGCUCCAGGUCUCAGCCUUCGCCUACCACCUCGAGGAGCUGCUGCGGCUGGAGAGUCGCGGACCCCCGAGCGAGGAGGAAGAUGGGCCGCCCCCCCAGCCCCAAGGCCUCUUCGAGCAGAAGCUGCGGGGCCUGGGGGUGCUGCGGGAGCUGGCCCAGUGGGCUGUGAGGUCUGUGCGGGACCUGCGGCAGCUCGCCAAGCCUGGCCCGGCCGCCGGCUCAUCCCCCAGCCCGGCCGAGAGGCCGUGAAGG